AUGAAGACUGUUGUCGAAUUGCCUAAGUUAAGGAUCCCAAUCGAGGCGACUCGUCAACCAUACAAAACAGGCCGAAGCUUUGACAAUACCCAUAGGAGAGGUUCUGCCGCCGUGUAUUACUCAACGCUACCAGUUUUCUUCAAGACGAAAGAGUUGCUAAGCGUCACCGAGCAGUUGCCACACCAGCCUACCAUGCGCUCACCGUCGUCUCCGUCCACUUUCUUCACUCAGCCAGAAACGACAAAGUUCGGCUUAGCCCCACUCCUCGAAGCCGCUGAGCAAGUACGUCCAUCAGCGGCCGAGACUCUGCCGCCACUUUAUGGCCACACUAGGCCACACAAGCGAGAGCACACUCACACUAUUCCCACUAUUAUGCAUGCCACGGCUUGCUGUUCAAGCGAUAAUUUGGCAGUGUCGAAGAGAGCCCGCAUCGACUCGGACGUAGACCUGGACGUGCAGGCUUCAAAUACCUUGCUUGGUCGCAUGCCUCUUCAGUCCAUGAUCUACCCUUUGGCUACUCAGCAGCAGCUGCCACCACAAGUGCUUUACAACCAGCCGAAUGAACGAUACGCCUUCUCGUGCGUGUCGACAACCAAAGCACAGAGUCCCAAAAUGGCCAGUUUACAAUCACCACGUGCACACGAACUGCCGAUUUACUCGGGUGCCUCGGUCUGGGAAGUUGUAUUGUCUACAGGCAAAUUUCCGGCAGACGUAUGCCUUAGUGAAAACGGAAGUGGGGGUGAAACAUCCCAAAUUGCUAUGUUAAACCUUUGCGAGAUCCAGUCUCGAAGUGAAGAUGUCACUGACACAGAAAUCAAUAGUGAAGCGAAGCAGGACCGGUCGCCGCCUGUUAACGUAAAAGAGCAUACCCCUGCAAUUAUUCGGGACAUAAAGAAAGGAGAGGUGGUUUUCCCACUUAGCGCAUCGAUACGGAAGCUCGCUGGCAAUACCCGACAACGCCAGACCAUGCGGAUCAGCAAGAAGUCUCCCAGCUAUUUUUUGAGUCUUCGUGGCCCGAUUAAUCAGGAGCACGAGUCUACGGGUUUCCGCGACGGGUCGUUUAACCCGCUUAGUCUCAAGUCAAUUAUGAAUUACGAGUCCAAUGCAUCACCAUCCUCCGAUGUUCAUGUUGUGGCAGAGUCGAUUGUCCAGUCGAACAUCAUUCGACAGAUAUCAAGCAGCAGAAGCGUCAAGUCAACGAAGCAGCCGACUCAACGAAUGCUUAAGCGGUCCGACUACUCGCAGCACGGCAUGGUUCGUAGUGGCCGGUGGUCGGUGGAGGAAGAAAAUUACGCCAAAGCAAUGAUCAAGGCGUUCAAGGCCGGUUACCUUCCACUACAUGGCAAUGUGUCAUUACGCAAGUUUCUGUCCGAGGUGCUGGUGUGUCACCCGAUGCGUAUCAGCAAAAAGUUUGUAGGUUACGUUCGUAAGUACCAUUGGUACCGGAUUGCCGCCGGCACGUGCGACUCGAAAGCCAAGCAGCAGGCGUUGUACCAGUUGAGGCAUCUUGAGCGUGCAUUCUGGACAUCUUUGCAGCAAAGCCGUGAAUGUCCUUCCGGCUUCCAUCACGACGACUAG